UCAGGUUUCAAUGGCGGGGAUGUCAAUCACUUCUUCAACCUACCAGGCUCGCGCUCCAACGAGAUUGUCAACAUCGAGCUGACCACCAACGUGAACCAGCCGGGCCGCUGGCUGUUCAGGAUCGACGGGGAGCAGAUCGACCCCGCCAACGGCUGCAGUCUGAACGGGCAUUUCUACCGCCGUGGCGAGGUGUUCUGGCUCUCGGACCGUUGCUCUCAGAAGUGCCGCUGCAUGGAUCUGGAGAACGAGAUCGUGUGCUGGGAGCAGGCGUGUGGUCAGCUGGAGACCUGCGAGCUGAUUGACGGGGCGUACAGCUGCCAGCCCACCCGCACCAGCACCUGCGUGGUCUUUGGAGACCCCCACUACCACACCUUCGACGGCUUCCUCUACCACUUCCAGGGGACCUGCACCUACCUGCUGGCCCGGCCCUGCUUAGACACCCCUGGCCAGCCCUACUUCAGCGUGGAGGCCAAGAACGAGAACCGUGCGGGAACGUCUGUGUCCUGGCUGCACGAUGUCCGAGUCGAGGUCUACAGCCACCACAUCACCCUCCUCAAGGGCAGCCUGGGACAGGUGCAGGUGGACGGGCUCCUGAACACCCUGCCCGUGCAGCUGCAGCUGGGGGCCCUGAGGAUCUACCAGAGCGGGGUGGCAGUCGCCGUGGAGACCGACUUCGGACUGCUGGUGACCUACGACGGGCAGCACUACGCCUCCAUCUCCCUGCCAGGCUCCUACUUCAACAACACCUGUGGGCUGUGCGGCAACUACAACGACGACCCUGGCGAUGACCCCUCCCUGCCCGACGGAACGCUGGCGGAGAGCGUGGCGCAGCUGGGCGGGGGCUGGCAGGUGGAAGACACCGACUGGCGCUGCACGGACGGCUGCGCGGAGAACUGCAGCCUGUGUGACCCGGCCACCGAGGCCUUCUACAUUCGCCCGGACUACUGCGGCCUCAUCAACAAGACAGACGGGCCCUUCCGGGACUGCCGUGCCGUGGUGGACCCCACAGCCUUCGUCUACAGCUGCGUCUACGACAUGUGCAGCAACCGCGACAACAUCACCACGCUGUGCCAGGCCAUCCAGGCCUACGCUCUCGCCUGCCAGGCCCUGGGGGUCACCAUCCGCUCCUGGAGGUCACGCACCUUCUGCACUCUGCCCUGCCCGGAGUCCAGCCACUACCGGGUGUGUACCAGCAGCUGCCCCCGGUCCUGCUCGGACCUUACCUCCCACCUGUACUGCGCUCACCCCUGCACGGAGGGCUGCGAAUGCGCCGAGGGCUACGUCCUGAGUGGGAAUCGGUGCGUGCCACUGGAAGACUGUGGCUGCGAGCAGGGCGGCCUCUACUACCCCCGCAACGAGUCCUUCUGGAGCACUCGGGACUGCACGCGCCGCUGUGUGUGCGGGCAGGAGGGCGCCCUGUCCUGCUUCAACGACUCCUGCGCCGAGGGGGAGGUAUGCUCUGCACAGUACGGGCCUCUGGGCUGCUAUCUCAGGCGCGAGGGAGCGUGCGUGCUGGCUCAGACCCAGAUUCUGUCCACCUUCGAUGGGGCAGCCCUCUCCUUCCCCGAUGAGAACUCUUACUACCUGCUGAAGCUGUGCGGCCCCGGAGCGCACAACCUGACCCCCGUGGAGGUCAAGAUCGGCCGCAGGAUGAUGAACAAGGGCCCCUCCUGGCUCAAACCUGUCAUUGUGAGGCUGGCUGGCCAGGAGGUGCAGCUGGGAGGGUCCGACUUUGAGAAGGUCAAGGUGAAUGGAGAUCUGGUCCCUCUGCCCUACGUGCACCCCGGAGAUACUCUGCUGAUCUAUCGCGUUCCAGGCAACGUGACGGUGCUGGAGUCCACCGGGCUGCUGAAGGUGCGCUACUCGCUCCAGGGGCUGCUCAAUAUCACGCUGUCCACCGCCUUCUACAACUCCACCUGCGGGCUCUGUGGCUUCUUCAACGGCAACGCCACGGACGAGCUGCGGCUGCCCAGCGGCAAGCUGACAGACAGCGGGGAGCUGUUCACGGACAGCUGGCGUGCCUUCGCCGACGACCUCACCUGCAACGGGGACUGCGACGACCUGUACCGCAUGUGCGUGGACCUGCGGCUCUACCAGAGCUCCUGGCUGUGCGGCAACAUCAACGACCCAACCAACAGCUCCUUCCUGGGCUGCCACGCCACGGUCAACCCCUCGCCCUUCUUCCGGAACUGCCUGUACAACAUGUGCGUGCGCAGCGGGAACCGCUCGGCCCUCUGUUCCUCCCUGCAGGCCUACGCCUCCUCCUGCCAGGACGCUCAGAUCACACUGGAGCCCUGGAGGAGCGCAACCGGCUGCCCUCUCCCGUGUCCUGAAAACAGUCACUUCGAGGAGUGUACCAGCGCCUGCCCGGCCACCUGCACCAGCCUGGAGCCUGUGGAUGAGUGCCCCCUGCCCUGUUCCGAGGGCUGCCAGUGUGACGAGGGCUUUGCCCUGAAGGAGGGUCAGUGCAUCCCUAAGAGUGACUGUGGCUGCCAGUCCGGCGGGCAUCAGCUGGCCACCAACGAGACCUUCUGGGUGGACUGGGAGUGCCUGGAGCAGUGCUACUGCAAUGGCACCGACAACACCGUCUACUGUGAGAGCUCCCCCUGCAGGCCGGAGGAGUACUGCCUGGAGGACAGCGGGCUCUACUUCUGCCAGCCGCGCAGCGACGCGGUGUGCAUCGCCGCGGGUUACGGCCACUUCCUGCCCUUCAGCAGCGAGCCCUUUGACCUCCAGAGCAGCUGCACGCUUCACCUGGCAACGACGCAGUGCAGGGGGGCUGUGAGCGGGGCAGAGGGGGAAAGCCUGCCCCAGUUUCGACUGUCAGUGAGGAGCGAGGAUCGAGAUACAGCUCAGGCCAUCUGGGUCAAAGAGUUUAUGUUGAGGGUGUACAGCUACGAGAUAUCAGUGUCCAGGAACUACAAGCACACAGUCACGGUGAACAAGGAGCGCCUGUACCUGCCUCUGAAGCUGGGGCCAGGGAAGGUGAACAUCUUCACCUUCGGGCUGCACCUGGUGCUGGAGACAGACUUCGGCCUCAAGGUGGUCUUUGACUGGAAGACCUUCCUGUCCCUAAGCCUGCCGCGGAACCUCUACAACUCCACGUGCGGACUGUGUGGGGGUCUGCCCCCAGGACCCCCCGCCGUCACCCCCAACGAGUUGGGCAUGGCCUGGACGGAGCGGGAGACAUUCUGCAGGGUGGGGUGCGGGGGCACCUGCCCUCGCUGUGGGGGUGACGAGGGGGGUGCUGGGGAGAGCAACGAUAAUAAUAAUGGGGCUGGGGACAACAAUGGUGCAGGGGAUAAUCUCAACAGGGGCAAUAAGAACGAAGACCGGGGGGCCCGGACGCUGCGGCUCUGUGGUUUGAUCCUGGACCGCGCAGGUGGCUUUGCCCGCUGUCACAGCAAGGUGGCGCCUGCCUAUUUCUACCAGAGCUGCAUGCAGGAUGCCUGCGUGGACCAUGGCGCCAUGGCCACGGUGUGUAACUGGCUGCAGAUCUACGCCAGCACCUGCCAGACACAAGGCAUACCUGUCACUGGCUGGAGGAACGCCACACCCUGCGCCCUGACCUGCCCUUCGAACAGUCACUAUGAGAGCUGCAUGUCGGUGUGCCAGCCUCAGUGUGCCCCGGCCCGUGGGAGCAGGGACUGUAAUCACUACUGCAUGGAGGGCUGCCAGUGUGACCAGGGCUUCGUCCUUAAUGGCAACAGCUGCAUCCUGUCUCAGAACUGCGGCUGCUACAGCGAUGGCAAGUACUAUCAGCCCAAGCAGCUGUUCUGGAACAGCGACUGCUCCAAGCGCUGCCAGUGCAUCAGCCGCAACCUGAUCCAGUGUGACCUGCGGCGCUGCAAGUCGGAGGAGGAGUGCGCCCUGAGAAACGGGGUGCGGGGCUGCUUCAGCAGACGCAGCCAGCACUGCAUUGCCUCGGGAGGGGGUGUGUUCCGCACCUUCGACGGGGCCUUCCUGCGCCUCCCCGCCGCCUGCUCGUUCAUCCUCUCCACCAUCUGUCACAAGCUGCCCGAGCUCUCCUUCCAGCUCAUCGCCAACUUCGACAAGUGGUCCUACCCCAACCUGACUGUCAUCUCCCACGCCUACCUGUACAUCAACGAGGAGAAGAUCCUCAUCUCCGGGAACACAGUCAAGGUGAACGGGACCCCAGUGUCGGUCCCCUUCGUGACGGGGCUCCAGACCAGGGUCUCCAGCUCCGAGGGCUUCCUGGUCAUCGACACCGUCCAGGACAUCCAGAUCCGUUACAACCGCUUCAACGUGCUACGCAUCACCAUGGGGGAGCGGCUGCAGAACAAGGUGUGCGGGCUCUGCGGGAACUACAACGGGGACCCGACCGACGACUACAUCACCUCCCGGGGCAAGCCGGCCAUCAGCAGCCUGGAGCUCGCGCAGAGCUGGAAGACCAACGGCAUGCAGAACAGCUGUGACGAGAUGCAGUACGUUGCCCUGGCUCAGACGUGUGAUAACACUCAGAUCGGGAGGCUGCAGGGGGACGAGCACUGCCUGAAGCUGACUCACAUGAAGGGCUUCUUCCAGCCCUGCCACGGCCUGCUGGACCCCGUGCCCUUCUACGAGUCCUGCUACCUGGACGGCUGCUACAACGAGCUCAAGGUGCAGGUGUGCGGCUCGCUGGCUGCCUACACAGAGGCCUGCCGCUCCUUCGGGACGCUCAGCACCAAGUGGAUCAUCCAGGAGAACUGCUCAGAAUGGAUCUAUGACCCCUGCAUUGGGGAGGUGUGCAGCAACAACACCUGCGAACAGGACAAUGGAGGGGACCUGUGCGGCUGCCCGGAGCUGCAGGACAGUGGGAACGGCGAUGAUGGUCUCAUCCAGGCGGAGGUGACCUGUAAGCAUUCUCAGAUGGAGGUGUUCAUCUCCAAGUGCAAGUUGUUCCAGCUGGGCUUCGAGAGGGAGGACGUGCGCAUCAACGACCACCAGUGCAGCGGCAUUGAGGGAGAAGACUUCAUCUCCUUCCAGAUCAACAACACCAAGGGCCACUGCGGCUCCAUCGUGCAGUCCAACGGCACUCACAUCAUGUACAAGAACACGGUGUGGAUUGAGAGCAUCAACAACACGGGCAGCAUCAUCACGAGGGACAAAACCAUCAACGUGGAGUUCUCCUGCGCCUAUGAGCUGGACAUCAAGAUCUCCCUGGAGACCGUGGUCAAGCCCAUGCUGAGCGUGAUCAACUUGACCCUCCCCACUCAAGAAGGCAGCUUCAUCACCAAGAUGGCGCUGUACAAGAACUCCUUGUAUCGGCUGCCCUACCGCGAGGGGGAGGUGGUGCUGACCACGCGGGACAUCCUGUAUGUGGGGGUCUUCGUGGAGGGGGCCGACCAGCGCCAGCUCAUCCUCAUCGUGAAUAUGUGCUGGGCCACGCCGUCCCGGGACAGCAGCGACCGGCUGAGAUACAUCAUCAUAGAGAGGGGCUGCCCCAACAUCAAGGACAACACGAUCGGCAUGGCAGAGAACGGCAUGUCUCUCACCUGCCGCUUCCACCUGACCGUCUUCAAGUUCAUCGGGGACUACAACGAGGUGCACCUGCACUGCGACGUCUCCCUCUGCGACUCGGAGCGCUACGGCUGCAAAGUGAACUGCCCUCACAGCAGCAGGAUGUACUCCGAUUAUGAGAACCAGCACAGGGAGCAGAUCCUGUCCGUGGGGCCCAUCAGAAGGAAAGAGUCGGACUGGUGUGAGGAUAACAACGGGGGUUGUGAUCAGAUUUGCACGAGUACUUUCACGGGCUCUGUCUGCAGCUGCAUCACCGGGACACUGCAAAGGGAUGGCAAGAGCUGUCGAGCCUCCAGCUCAUCCAGCGAUCCCCACUCCCUCCCCUUCGUGCUGGUGCUCUGUCAGCUAGCAGGGUGGCUGCUGGUCCACACGCAGACCGCCGAGGUAUAACAGCACCACAGGAGCCCCGAGAGAGGGAGGAGCGUGAGGCACCUCCACACUCCAGGGACUGUAAUCAAGCACAAAACUGUCACUACACGCUGCAGACGCACCGGACCGACCCACUAACUUUGAAGUUACAGGACUGAACCUCUCACAGGGGAAACUAUCGAUGACCCCCCGAACCCCCCCCUCCCCACCAGACAGCCAUCCAUCCAUCCCCCGUCUCUUUACCAUCAACGCCCAGAGCAGUGAAGCAAGGGUCUCUUUUGUUAGGGCAUCAUCAGAACCACAAUGUAAUGAUCACAUAUAUCUCAAUAAGGAAUCGAAGAAUCAGAGUGAGCCAGUCAAUGUUUAAAGAGUGAGUAGAUUCCAUAUGCUGUUUGUUUUUUUGUUAACCUGAUACUGCAGUAGCUCUGAGUGGCAUAGAAUGAUCUUCAUGCAGUGUUUUUGAAACUGUUCCCUAGGAUGCUAACGUACAUAUUGUCUUAGAUUGCAGACUAACUCUUAUAGCACAGUAGGGCAGUGAAGCUCACAGCAACAGGCAGUUGCUUUAUUUGUUAUACAGCAUGAAAAUGAGCUCACCAUAGCCAGUUAAUUCACCUCUGAAUCCAGCACAGAGGUCUUGUAUACAGUAUGUCAGUUCCUGAUUUGUGAAUUAUUUGCAGUGACGAUACCCUCCUGCUGUCUGGGGGUCUGGGGGUGGGUAACUGGACUGGACUGCAGUGGUUUUGUGACGGGGUCCCGGGACACUGCUACUGUAUCUGUCAUGUGAUGAUCUUAUUAUUUGUUAAUUUAAUAAAGCU